AUGACUAGUAAGCAGGCUACACCAGCUACACCGAAAGUAAAGGGUAGAAUUGCUGAUGGUGACGCAACACCCGCGAGAAUAACCCCCAAACGAGAAGCAAAGUAUAAUAAUCCGUACUGUACAAAGUAUGCCGCAGACGGUAAGGAUAACAGCAACCGUAAACGAGUUGUCUGGGCAAAACAGCGACCGACCAAAUAA